UCCUUUGUUGGCUGGAAAAGCGCAGAUCAUUACCGAAGAAAAUCUCGCGCGCCUAACUGUGUGUUCGUGGCUAUUUUCAUCUGGAGUUUCGCCCCAGCAAUCGCUGGAUAAGUUCCGGGAAGCAUUUGCCCGCACGGUACCUUAUUCCGAACAACGUCCGGACAAUGUAGAAUCUGUAAAAUGACCCGAAAGUGAUCCGAGUUUGCUUCCGUAUGGUGGCACCAUGUUCUGCACCUACACGACCAGCAAACGAGUUUUUCUAAAAGAAAAUGAGAUCCAUAUUUUCGUUAUAGAGUGAGACAUGAAUAGUAGGGGGGAUCAAGUAAAAAAGAGAGAAAAAAUACGAAAAUUAGCAGCAGAGGCAGCGCGUGGAGCUGGAUGGAAACAAAAAGAGAAAAGUUGUAUUGAAUGUGAAAAGAGCAACUGGUGUAGUGAGAAAAUUGGAUUUUUCCUCGCGGGAGUGAAGCCAACCAUUGGGUGGUUUGUUGGUGCCGAGGAAGUGAGAAAUCGUGACAAAAACGACGUCGGGAAUCGUUCAGAAGUGCGUUCAUACAUUCGUUUGACGAAUGCAGAAAUAUUGUACACGUAGAUUAUUUGCGAUAACAGCUUGUUCGACGUAUAACACGCAACAGGAAGCUGGCUCGCGAAGUUCGCUUGCCGCCUAUUCGAGACUAUUAAAGGUCAUCUAAGUGCUGUUUUGUGUAGCGAAGCACUUGGAAACACAGGGAAAAGAGUGUGAUAAUUUUUGUGAUAUGUGAUAAGGAGGAUGAAGUCCGGGAACUGAAUUCGCAGUAGUGUUGGGCGUCGAUAACCUUGACGAUAGGAGGUGUUUUGGGAUUGUUUUUGCAAUGUUUUGGAUACCAGAGUAAAAGUUAUACGAUAUAUUUAUUGCAACAAAGACUGAAUCAAACACAGCUGCACAAGAGUCAGCGUUUAUGUACAUACAUGUGUGAGUAGGUUCCCACCGAGCACUGCAUGAACGUAAUUGCGCGCCAGCGAGAGUCCGCUUUAGUAAUUGUGUGCAAUGAUUUGAGCCCUCCCCCACCCCACACGAUUCAAAACAAUCUCCGCGUGGAAUGAAGUGUGACUGUGUAUGGUUCACUGUAUUAUGCGUGUGAUGUAAAUAAAAACACGGGAAUGAAACGAAACUUCUACUUCGUUUCGAGCCAGGAAAAUAAAACAAGAGUGAAUGAAUGCAGCAGAGCUGAUGCAAAAACGCUGCACAGGUUACCUAUGUGUUCGAUAUAGUCGAUCAAUUGAGAAGCGAUGAAUUCUGUUUAUUGAACUGUUCCAUUUAUACCGCAACUUUCAUCCAUACGCGUUUGUGGCCAUGCCAAUGCGAAAAUAUCGACCCACAUUGACGACGUCUGCCAGCAGUAGUAGUAGCAACAGUAAUAAUUUGACCAUUACGAAUGUGACACCAACUAUAACGACCCUGGCAGGCGCCACCAAUCUAACCCAUGUGGUAGCGCACCAUCAUCGCGCUGCUGCUCCUGCUCCCCAGAGAGUGGUCCACCACCAUCAUCACCACGCGGCGAAUUGCAACUUGAAUCUCAUCUCCACUGCCACUGGGGCAACCUAUCAGACCACACCACAAUCAAUUCCGUUACCACAACAGGCUCAGCAGGGCAUACAAAGGACGAUACCGGCUCCCCCGAUACUCGAUCCUCUGCCGCUAUGUCUAGAUGCGAACGGGACGUACCUCUGCACCGCCUACAAUCCGCGAUGCUACAUCAUACAGAAGCUCACUCCCGCGCCAGUAAGUUGCAUAACUUACGAAAUUACACCAGUGGACCAAUUCAUGGCGUUCCCAGUGACAAGUGUUCCCAACACUAUUGGUUCACCAUGUAUUGAAGAAAUCACCAACUUUCCAAAGUCACAGCCAGCAACUGUGGACUUUGUACAUCGUCAGCAACCGCAACUGUUGCAAUACGGUGAUAGUGUCGUCACGAGUGCCAAUAGUUCCAACGUGAUAACGUCAACCAGUAGCAGCUGUUUGGGACGUAAUAGAAACCCCAGUGCAUCGAAGAGUUCAUCUAGUGGCCAUAACGAAUUGUUAAGUGUGAUAGAAGCGAUUGGAGCUGGAGCUAGCAGUAAGACUGAAGUAGUAUCGAUACCAACGGGGUGUACUCCAAAAUUCACCUUCAUAGGAAAUAGUGUUUCGGCGAGUAGUGGUGUACCGGAAGUGACUGAACCACUGGUGGCCGAAUUAGUAGAAGCGGGAGAAGAAGGCGCCAUUAAAGUACAAAAUAUGCUACAGCCAACCACCUUGGCAAUAAGCAGUCCAACGGGAAGCGGGUUCGCGCCAUAUAGCUACAAGCCUGGAAGCGUAACGACAGGAGGUUACGUAUUGAUGAAUGGGGAUACUGGUAAAAUGCCCACGACUGCGGCGGUCUAUCCGGCUGGUUCCGAAGCUGUUAUCACCGGUGGUAUGGCGGGAUUAACAAUGGUUGGACCACAUUCCUCGCAAACCACACAUCUCACACUGGCACCGGCGACAAUCGUCCCUGGUGUCACAGCUGUUCCUGUCGUCGCCGAUUACAGCGUCAUGAAUGGCACUAUCAAUAACAACGCCACAUUGAAUAAUAACAAUAACAAAACAAACAACAGCGGUAGUAGUAACAGCAGCAGCAUCAGCAACAGUAAUAACGCAAUUGUGACGAAUGAAUCAGCCGCAGGUGAUUACUACGCAGCCACAUUGGACAGCAAUGAUUCUAUUUCCACGUCUUCGGUUACCGCAAUCAAUAACAACAACAACCCAAACAGCAAUCAGAGCAGUCUAACUGCGAGUAAUACUAAUAAUAACAUCAGUAGUAAUGUUAGCAGGAUACAAGCGCCUGGAAGCGCCACAGGCAAUGGUAGCGCAGUUGCAAUGACAGCUAAUGCCUCCGCAGGCACUAAUGACACUAGUAGUGCCGAAAACAGCGGCAUGCCUAUAGAGCAGUUGAAACAACAACUACAAACGCAGCUUGAUUACUAUUUUUCGAGAGAAAAUCUAGCCAACGACACAUAUCUGCUAUCGCAGAUGGACAACGAUCAGUACGUACCCAUCUGGACGGUGGCUAACUUCAACCUUGUUAAGAAACUCACAAAGGAUAUUAAGCUCAUCACGGAGGUGCUGCGAGAAUCGCCUAAUGUACAGGUGGACGAAGGGGGCCUUAAAGUUCGGCCAAAUCACAAACGAUGUAUUGUUAUCCUAAGGGAAAUACCGGACAAUACACCCAUUGAGGAAGUGAAGAACAUAUUCCAAGGUGAAAACUGUCCACGCUUCAUCUCCUGCGAGUUUGCUCACAACAAUUCCUGGUACAUCACGUUCGAAUCGGACGAUGAUGCGCAACGAGCGUUUCGAUAUCUUCGUGAGGAUGUAAAGGAAUUUCAGGGAAAACCAAUCAUGGCACGAAUAAAGGCCAAACCGAUGAACCGGCUUCCUAUCGCUGGAGUACAACUGAAGAAUGGCUUCCGAACGACGCCACCACCGGCUGCGGCUACAGCCGUGGCAGUUCCGCCAGGGCCGGCUGGUGCGUCCGCAGCCGCUGCUGCUGCCGCCGCUGCAGCUGCAGCAGCGGCAACCGUUUAUGAUCCUACUCAGGCAGCCGCCGCUGCUUUCCCCGGACAGCAGAGGUACAUUACUCUUCAGCAUAAUGCCGGAGCGAUACCGCAAGGAGCUGCUGUACCGGCAUACAAUGCGCCGCUCCACAUGUUUCCCUUCCAACAGCAGUUCUAUCCGGGAAUAAUGCAGCCGUGGCCAGCAGCACCUCCUCCAGCACAAAAUUACUACGAUUUGAGCACAUUCGUGACGAGCAAUGGGCUCGCCCCGCAGGUCACAUUUGCUACCGCUAAGCAACAGAAUGGCCGUUUCAAUAUACCAGGUGGUAUAGGAACUCAUCGUGGAAAUAUGCGAAGCAAACGGCAGCCUAAUCCUUCGAUACCAACUGGUAGCAAUGAGCAGCGAUCCGGUGUAACCAAUGUCACUGGUGGUAGUUCUGGCGGUACGAAUACUGUAGGCGGUCAAAACUCUAUGGUCUCUUCAGGGGUUAACGAUAAUCAAUCGAACCAUCGCGUAUCGAACCAACAACCACAUUACCAUCAACAGACAGCUCCACAGCAGCAGCAUCAACAAUCACAGCCACAUUACCAACAGCAAUCGGGUGGCGGUGGAAAGAACUCCUCCUUGCUGGGACAUGGUGGGAAGUCCUACCACAAGGACCCGACUAUAGUGUCACACUAUCAGCAUUAUCAGCCACAGCAGCAGCAACUCUAUAACAAUCACCAACAGCAGCCUCAUCAUCAUCACCAACAGCAGCAACCAGGCGAUGAAACUGGUAACAAUGCUACGGUUACCGGUGGUAUGCGUUCGGGAGGUAACAAUACUGGCGGUAAUGUAGAUCAUUACCAAUCGAACGAUGAUACCAGUGGUUACAGCAGCUUGCCAUACAACGGAGGACGAAGUAAGAAUUUGGAUGCCCAGCAGCAACAGCCGGCCGGUUCAUGGGUAUCGAAUCAAUCUCGACGCCACACACGACGAAGAAAAGACGAGAUGGACAAUGGAAGCGCUGGUCCUAUGUAUAGCAGUGGAGGAAGUGUUCGAUCUAGUAAUAUGGGCUACAAUAGUAAUAGUAAUAACCCUAGCAGUAGUAUGAACAACGGUGCAAACUCCAACAUCAAAGUUAUGAACACAACUAGUCUCAAUCAAUUGAUACCAACGUCAGGAGGACCCCCGCACGGGCGUGGUGCACGUGGAGGUCCUGGCGGGAACAAUGAAAAUAUUCACAAUACAGCCUCGGGAAACGUCAUAGCGUCGAUGGGUGGCGAAGCUGGCGGCGGUGGUAGUCACCAUCAUCACCACAGUGGUGGAGGUGGUGGGGGUUAUCAUCCACAUCAUCAUCGGAAUGCGGCCACUGCUGGGUUUCACCAGCAGCAUCCGCACAAUCACCAGCAACAGCAGCAACAGCAGCAACAACAACAGCAGCAAUCGCACCUGCAGCAGAUGUGCAGCAACAGUAACACAGCGCAACAACAGAAUGCCACCAGCACCACCCAAUCGACGCAAUUUGACCUUGAACCAGCUGCAUUUCCGCCACUUCCCGGCCACGAUGAUAACAUUACCAGUGGGGGCCGUAACAAACACCACUCCCGCGAUUACCAUCACCAACAGCAACAGCCACUUCCUCAUGGCAGCAAUAGCCAGUCCAACGCUGCCGGUGGUAGCAACCAAGGUUCCUCUACUGAUCACGCGCCCACCUAUGCCGGAGGCAGUGUGUCCGAUACUCCUGCCUGGGGUGAGAGCAGAUUAGCCGAUGUCGUAAAAGGUACCGCACUCACAACGAACGUUUCGUCGAAAGCAAAAAACGCAAUAUCAUCCCCUCCGCCACAGCCAAUCCAAAGCAGCAGCAGCAACAGUAGUAGCAACAAUAGCGAACUUAGUCAAAAAAACGCCACAGCUUCGGCAACUUCCGAAGUGAGCGCAGCCGCCGGACAUGAUCAGCAGCAGCCUUUUUCGGUACCCGUCGUCAUAUCGGUGCAACACCAGCAGCUAAACUCCAAAGCUGCGAAUGAUUCCCUUCAUGGCGCCAGCAGCGAGUUCACCUCCUCAGCUGCAGCCAUCGCCAAUAGCAACAACAGCAGCUGCAGCACCAAUAACUCUAGCAAUGUAACUAGUAAACCUCCUCCUGUGAUAAAAUGUACAACAACCAGUACGUCUGCAAGCAUCACUGCUGACAAAUCAACUAAGACUGAAGAGUCAUUGCUACAAGCGAAUGGCCCGGAAUCGACAACACCAACGACGGUGACAGCAGCAGCAGCAGGAGCAGUUGCCUUAGGUAAUGGCUCAACGGUGGCUACUCGCAAGGUUGUUGACACUGCUGGUACUGUAAACUGCCCUACUACUACUAACGCCGCAACUAUGACGUCUAUCGAGUACGUAGUUGCCGUGUCUUCUUCCUCAUUACCCGCUGCCGGUGGCGGCUCUAAGCAGCAACAUCAACCGUCGAUCACUUCUACUACUAACGCAUCAACUGUGGCUGUGACUUCUGCAUCGACAAUGACUGUGCCGAUAUCGGCAGCCAAAACGAACGCUAACAACGCCAGCUCCUACCCAAAGCAAGGUGGAUAUAAAAAUUUCAAAUCUCCGACCACACCUACGGCAGCUUCCUUCGCUGCUUCCGGCCCAUUCUCUUUGUCGUCUGUGUCGUCAUCUGUCAGCUCACCAGUGGCUGCUGCUCCGCCUCCAUUCUCGCUCCAGAACCAUCCACCACUGGGUGGAUUGUCCGCAGCGAUUCCCGAACCACAGCAGCAACAGCCGCAACAGAUACACACGCAAGUACGCCUAAGCUACGCCCAGGUCGCUCAACAUCUGAAGGAACAGCAGCUGAAAGAAAAGGAACACCAGGAAAGCAACAAUAAAGUCGUUGAGAAGGAGAACAACGCUCAGCAGACAGUCGCUGCCAGCAGUGGGCACAUCAACAGCAACAACAACAACAACAACAACAACAAUAGCAGCAACAACAAGAAGAAAGAUUCACCGCCGAGUUCAAGACUGUCAAUCUCGUCGCAGCAAUGCAACGAUGGUUUUAGGGAACAAAGAGAUACUCGCUACAACAGUGGCAACAGUGCCAGCAACAACUCUACACACACUCGCACCGCUAAAGACUACCGCUCCUCGGGAACUGGCGGUGGCGCUGUGAGCUCCACUACGGGAGGCUACGCUACUGGUGUUGGUAGUAACGGUGGACAUGGUAGUAUAUCGGUGGUAUCCUCCGGCGGUGGCGCUGGCCAUCGUGGAGAGACAGGUGGUAACAAUAGCAGCAGCAGCAACAACACCGGCGGUAAUAACAGCAGUGGUAGCAUGAAGUCAAACAAUUCCAGCGGAAGGACGGCUCGGCCGCAUCAGCUGAAAGAUUAUGUCCAACAACAUGGUCCCCGUAGUCCUAAAUGAUGACGCUUAAUUUGGAUUUAAAAGCUCGCGUUGUUGUUGUUUGCGAGAUGAUUGGUAGUAAAGAAGAGCGUGAGAUGGUUUUUGUUUUCUAUGGCGAUGAAUGUGGGUUGAGUUGGAUGUGAAUGAUAACCUGGAAGCGGGUAGAGGAUGAGAACGGUCGAGUUAAAGCAUCGCGUAAUGGUUCGUAGCGAAAUCGAUUUUUGUUAUUAGUUUUAACGUUGAGUUAAACAGAAGAAAAAGAGGAACGAAGGGGAGGAGUUAGAGAGGAAGAAACACAAAACCAUGAAUGUGCUAAGUACAGUUCUCUAAGAAAUAUAGAGAUACAAUUUCAAAUUAUAAGGUAUCAGAAGCAGGCGAUUAAGUGAUGAAACGUAUGUUUCCUCUCGAAAACGGAAGGUUCAUUGAAGGAGAUCAGAGAUCUCCAACAUGAGAUUUGUUUGGCAAUUGAAAUGCCAAAAGCAGUCGAAGAUAAAAAACCAGCCUAGUUACAGAUUGAUUCUUCGCAGCGCGACGAAAAGUGCCCGCAUGCGAAUAGCAAGAAGAUUUGAAAUAUGAUUUCUAUUAUUUCGUUCAUUAAUAUUGACAAUUUUUAUUUUACAUCGAAACACAGAGCAAAUUGAAGCGAGGCAUUAUUAUUCAGACAAAUAAUUAUCAGCAAGAGUUCUGCUGCAGUGAUGGAUUUCGUUUGUUGUUGAUAUCUUAUCGGUUUGUUUUGUGAUGUUAGAAUCGAUUUUCGUUAUCCAUUCGAAUAAUUUUCAGUUAUUGAUUCCAUUUUUUAACUUCGUGGUUUUGAGCAAGAACUCAGGUAAUCUCUUUGUUUGAACAAAAUGGAGUUCAUGAAUGAUAAAUAGAAUAAACGUAUACUUUUGGUACAGCAAAUAUUUUUUCCCCUUUUUCUUCGCUGCUCAAUAACAUUCUUCUUGCAUAAUACAAUAGCAAUGAUUGAUAUUUGUUAUGUUUAUGUUCUCCCAUUCAUCUGAAUGUGUAAAGUUUAAAUUUGUACACCACUUACGCUAAUUACUUACCCACUAUUGCUCCCUCUCAUUCUCCUAUUGUAUGCAUAUAUAGUCCUCCUCUCACUUUCGUCCAAAUUACUGGAAAUAGUCUAUGUUGAAAAAACAAAAAAUAAAAAAAAAAUAAAACUAGUCUUCAAACUUCUAUGGAGAAAGCAAAGCAAAACUUAUUUAAAUAUUGUUUAUUCUUGUAUCAUUUAUAUAAAUCUAACCUUUCCUUUCCGGCCCGUCAAUCGAUACAUUUUGUAAAGUUAUUAAUUUGGAUAUGUGCACACGGGAAAACAAGCUUAUUUUAUUUUAUCUUAUUUUUCGUGUUUGUUAUUUGUUGGUUAUUGAUUAUAAAUUUUAUUGAAUCACUUUACAUUGAAGUGUGAGGUGAUUUGAUGGAAAAGAAACGCGCGCAAUAAGCUCACACAUAAAUGAUAAGUGGAAACGAAGCAAGGGCACGUUUUUUAUGUUUUGUUUUCACUUUGCAUGGAAUGCCAAGACACGAAUGAGAAUGUGUGCGUAUGAGAAAGGAUGCGAAGCAGCAAACUACUAUUUAUCUAAUCUGUAUUUGAGGCAAUGAAUGUAGGAAAAAAUGCUAACAUUAUUAGAAUAAUGAAUUGAAAACAGUCCCUUCCUAUCUGUUUGAAGCAGAGAAAUGAACGCAGAUGAAAAAAAUAUAUAUUUAAAAUGAAAAAUAUAACUACCUUUUAAGAGAAAAAAAUCUGUAGAAACAGCUCCUGUGAACAAGCGACGACAACAUUUACAACCAUUUAUAUACAUUAGCAGACAAGCGGCGACGAAAGGAAAAUUUUGUCCAGCUGAGUUUGAACACGCUGCAUACUAGUAGAACAUGCGCAAGGGUACGAAACCAAAACAAACAAUAGUAUCAGUAAUAUCAUCCAUGCCGAGCGAAGGGUUCCAACGAAAAAAAAGCAUUGCUUGAUAAUACUAGUUUAAACACAACCGCUAGUAAUCUUAUGAGUAGGUUUCAUACUCUCCAUUUCGACCAUUUGAACCGUUUUCUCCAACAGGGGGAGUGGUAUCUGCUUCGCAAUGUGUCUUGCAUGGGGAAAGCGCGAAGACUACGUCGCGAUGGGAACCUUUUCGAGUGUAAUCAGCAGUAUUCGGUGCCAUCGAUAAAUUACCCAAACUAAACUAAACAAAAACGAUACAUGUUCUCACAUGCAAAUGAGCAGGGAUGAAUGACCUUCGGGUUAAAGUCCCUUUAAAAACAAGAACCAGAACAUGCAAAUGAUACACACACACAUAGUUUAAUCGCGAUAUGUACAUGUAGCUUUUAAGAAGAGAAUGCCAAAUGUUCGCCGCAUACACACACACAAACCUGCGUCGGAACGUCGUCGGCGAGAAGAUUUUUGUUGCCUUAAAAACUUAAUCAUUACAAAAAGAGAUAUAGAGGGAGAGAGGAAAUUCAUCGACAUAAUUAUCGCAAGGGUAUAAGAAGAGAUAACCUUUACACCUGUUUAUAAAAUAUCUGUAAGAUGUAGCUAUCAAUCUAGCAAAUAUAUAACAAUAAUAUGGUAAAAGCGAAAAGCACUGAAAGCAGCGCGCAGAACAGACUCUAGUUUUAAAAUUGGAUUGGAUAUAUAUAGCCAACCAAACUUGCUCUGAGUGUAAUAAAGUGCAGUUUUUUGUUGCAGGAUUGCAAAGGUGAUGGAAACAUAACUAUUACAGUGGAUGUCAAUAAAAACGGCGCUGAAUUUACUGCGAGUUUGCUCGAUUAGGUUCCAAUUAUCGCGGCGAAGGGAAAGAAGAAUCAUACAAAUGGUCAUGUCAUUUCGUUCAACUCAGUAACUAAACAAUUAGAAUGUAUCUUAAUGUUAACUACAUUGAACUUUUCAAACAAUGAAAGGAAAUUUGUAAAUUUUGUUCACAAGUUUUUUUUUGAAUACAUAAGACAUCUAUUUAAUCAUCUUUCAAUCAAAUCGAUAUUAGAAUGAUUGAAAAUGAAUUUGAGCAAUUCUCAAUUCUUGCCGCAAAUCCGACUCUCCUAUUUUUUUGAAACAUGGUACAUAUGAUGGAAACUACCUAAAAUCACAAUUUUCGU